AUGGCGGCGCCCAUGGAGCUGUUCUGCUGGUCAGGGGGCUGGGGGCUGCCGUCAGUGGACCUGGACAGCCUGGCCGUGCUGACCUAUGCCAGAUUUACUGGUGCCCCACUCAAGGUGCACAAGAUCACCAACCCCUGGCGGAGUCCUGCAGGAACUCUGCCGGCCCUUCGGACCAGUCAUGGAGAGGUCAUCUCAGUACCACACAAGAUCAUCACCCACCUUCGAAAAGAGAAGUACAAUGCCGAUUACGACCUGUCAGCCCGGCAAGGAGCAGACACCUUGGCUUUCAUGUCUUUGCUGGAGGAGAAGCUGCUCCCAGUGCUGAUACAUACUUUUUGGGUAGACGCCAAGAACUAUGUAGAAGUGACCCGGAAGUGGUAUGCAGAGGCUAUGCCCUUUCCCCUCAACUUCUUCCUGCCUGGCCGCAUGCAGCGGCAGUACAUGGAACGGCUGCAGCUGCUGUGUGGGGAGCACAGGCCUGAGGAUGAGGAGGAGCUGGAGAAGGAGCUAUACCAGGAGGCCCGAGAAUGCUUGACUCUUCUCUCUCAGCGCCUGGGCUCUCAGAAAUUCUUCUUUGGAGAUGCCCCCGCCUCCCUGGAUGCCUUCGUCUUCAGCUACCUGGCCCUGCUGCAACAGGCGAAGCUGCCCAGUGGGAAGCUGCAGGCCCACCUGCGGGGGCUGCACAAUCUCUGUGCCUAUUGCACCCACAUCCUCAGCCUAUAUUUCCCCUGGGAAGGAGCUGAGGCACCACCUCCACGCCAGACACCAGCGAACCCAGAGACUGAGGAGGAGCCGUACCGGCGCCGGAACCAGAUCCUGACCGUGUUGGCGGGGCUGGCAGCUAUGGCCGGCUACGCCUUGCUCAGCGGCAUUGUCUCCAUCCAGCGGGCACCAUCUGCCCGGGCCCCAGGCACCCAGGCCCUGGGCAUGGCUGAGGAGGAUGAAGAGGAGUGA